AUGGGUUGGGUCCGGGCCAAGGCCGGGUUCAUUCUCGGGACGCCAUUGUUUGAUCUCGUCAAGAAGGCUGCAGCCGAGGACUCUCUCACCCAAUUGACCCCAGUCAUCGAAAAACAAGCCUCCUUGACACCAUUUACUGCGGCUGCUGUUAUGAGAAUCAUUGAACUAGCAAACGAAGGCGUCUUUGAUAAGACUGCGAGCUUGGAGAUUUGCAAGCUGCUGCUGCUCAAGUCCGUUUUCGAUACGAUGUCACUCACCAAGCUCCGGACCGUGGAAACAGCAGAGGCCGAGUUCCGCAAUGCUUCAAAGAGUCGCAGUAACGGCUAUCCGUACUACCAAAUGAGGCCCAUUCGGGACGGACCACAUCAGAAUCCUGAGACCUACAUCACACCCAACUUCUUGGCCGAGUGCCUGGCCCGGUGCAUCGAACUCAACUGGGACGACCUAGCCAUGCGCUUUUCCCCCAUCAUUGCCGCCAACAUUGCCCAGCGGCAGCCAACGUUUCUGUCUCUACUCCCCCGCUACCAAGAGCUUGCGCUUGCUGUCCUGGAAGCAUACCUGGAGAAGCAGGUCGGAAAGGAGCCCGGUGGUGCAGAGGCCUAUUCCGGCCAGGGUCUUGUAAGGUGUAGCUGCGGCGACUGCGCGGAUCUCAACCGAUUUCUCAAAGGAGGGCAGCGCGUUUGGUCACUACGCGCGGCUGAGUAA